AUGGGCAAAGAUUAUUAUGCCAUCCUUGGUAUUCCAAAGGGUGCUUCCGAUGACGAAAUCAAAAAAGCCUACAGAAAGCUGGCUUUGCAAUUUCAUCCCGAUAAAAACAAAGCUCCCGAAGCCGAGGCCAAAUUCAAAGAUGUUGCCGAAGCUUACGAAGUGCUUUCCGAUAAGAGAAAGCGUGAUAUUUAUGAUAAAUACGGCGAAGAGGGUUUGAAAGGUGUUCCUGGUGGUGCGUUUCGAGAUGGUGGUACCUCUUUUUACCGGUUCCACGGAGACCCGAGAGCUACUUUUGCACAAUUUUUUGGUAGUGAUAAUCCGUUUGAAGAAUUUUUUUCUUUUGGCAAUGCUAGCCAUCCAAUAUUUACAUCUAUUGAUCCUUCUUUUUUCUCACAAUCUUCAAGACAAAGAGGCCCAACUCAAGAUCCACCUAUUGAACGUGAAAUGCACAUACCAUUAGAAGAUAUUUUAACUGGUUGCACGAAAACCAUGAACAUUUCCAAGAAAGUAUUGAAGCCAAACGGAACGUUGCUAAGGGAAGACAAACUGUUAACCAUAGAGGUAAAGCCUGGUUGGAAAUCGGGAACAAGAAUCACGUUUCCAAAAGAAGGCAAUCAAGGUCCAAAUAAAAUCCCCGCAGACAUAGUUUUUAUAAUCAGAGAUAAGCCUCAUCCGGUAUUUAAAAGAGAAGGCAGCGAUAUUCGCUAUACAGCUAAAAUAUUAUUGAAAGAUGCUUUGUGCGGCAGUAUUGUCACAGUGCCACUUUUAGGUGGGAACACAACUACUCUGGACAUGGUAAAAGAAGUAAUAACACCGAAUAAAACUACAUUAAUCAAAGGAGAAGGGUUGCCUUAUCCGAAACAACCAUCGAGGCGGGGCGAUUUGAUUGUGAGUUUCGAUAUAAUUUUUCCUGAACGCAUAAAACCGGAAACGAAAAUGAAAAUUGCGGUUAUUUUCUCUGAAAUAAUGUAG